GCACCGGGGCGGACAACAGAGUUCGGAAUCACAGCGCAAACUGUUCCGAGCCCUGAAGUUUUGCUGGACCGCGAAGCCCCCGGAGGGCAGAAACGCAGGAGUGUCAUGAGCGAGAGAUUUGUAGUUGUCCCUGUUGGGCAGGAUGAUGAAGAGCUCGUGGUGGACAAUGACCUACCUGGAGACGGAGGAGCUGCUGAGGGCAGCAGUGCAAACCAGCAGAUCACAGACGCAGUUCCCAUCCUGGAGUACAGUAGGGAGCCAAAUAAAUACGGAGAUGGGAAUCCAAAGGAGAGCAGCCCAUUCAUCAACAACACUGACAAUGACAAAGGAACCCUCUACGAUGGGAAGAACAUGGCCCUCUUUGAGGAAGAGAUGGACAGCAACCCCAUGGUGUCAUCACUGCUCAACAAACUGGCCAAUUACACGAACCUCACCCAGGGGGUUAUUGAACAUGAGGAGGCUGACGAUGAGGAAGGGCCAAAGAGGAAGGCCGUCAAGAGUCCUCAGAUGGGCACGUUCAUCGGCGUGUACCUGCCCUGCCUGCAGAACAUCCUGGGAGUCAUUCUCUUCCUGCGCCUCACCUGGAUCGUCGGCACCGCCGGCAUCAUGGAGUCGUUUGCCAUCGUAUUCAUGUGCUGCACCUGCACAAUGCUGACAGCGAUAUCAAUGAGUGCCAUUGCCACAAAUGGUGUUGUUCCAGCUGGUGGCUCCUACUACAUGAUCUCCAGGUCUUUGGGUCCAGAGUUUGGUGGAGCUGUGGGCUUGUGUUUUUAUCUGGGCACCACGUUUGCAGGAUCCAUGUAUAUUCUGGGCACCAUAGAAAUCCUGUUGACAUACAUUGUGCCGAGUGCGGCCAUCUUUAAAGCGGAGGGCAAGGAGCAGGAGGCGGAGGCCCUGCUGAACAACAUGCGGGUGUACGGCACCUGCUGCCUCAUCCUCAUGGCCAUAGUGGUCUUCGUGGGGGUCAAGUACGUCAACAAGCUGGCGCUGGUCUUCCUGGCCUGCGUGGUGCUGUCCAUCCUGGCCAUCUACGCCGGGGUCAUCAAGACCACCUUCGACCCGCCUGACUUCCCGAUCUGCCUUCUGGGAAACCGGACCUUGCAGAACCACAACUUUGACAAAUGCCUCAAGACGGAGGAGAUCAACAACGUCACCGUCACCACCAAGCUGUGGAGGCUCUUCUGCGACGGGCCCGAGCUCAACGCCACCUGCAAUGAGUACUUCGUCCACAACAACGUGACCGAGAUCCAGGGCAUCCCGGGUCUGAUGAGCGGAGUCAUCUCAGAUAACAUGUGGGGUGAUUAUGGACCCAUUGACAUGCUGGUGGAGAAGAAAAGGCAACCGUCGGUGCCUUCUGCUGACAGUUCCAACGACAUCUACAUGCCAUAUGUGGUCAACGACAUCACCACCUACUUCACGCUGUUGGUUGGCAUCUACUUUCCGUCUGUGACUGGGAUCAUGGCUGGAUCCAACAGGUCUGGGGACUUGCGCGACGCCCAGAGGUCUAUUCCCAUCGGAACCAUCCUGGCUAUAGCAACCACAUCCUUCAUUUACAUUUCCUGUGUAGUGCUGUUUGGCGCCUGUAUUGAAGGUGUGGUGUUGAGAGACAAGUUUGGAGACUCGGUGAAAGGGAACCUGGUGAUCGGCACGCUGUCCUGGCCCUCCCCCUGGGUCAUCGUCAUCGGCUCCUUCUUCUCCUGCUGCGGGGCGGGGCUGCAGAGCCUCACCGGCGCCCCCCGGCUGCUGCAGGCCAUCGCGCGGGACGGCAUCGUGCCCUUCCUGCAGCCGUUUGGUCACGGCAAAGCCAAUGGCGAGCCCACCUGGGCCCUGCUGCUGACGGCCGGGAUCUGCGAGAUCGGGAUUGUCAUCGCCUCCCUGGACGCCGUGGCCCCCAUCCUGUCCAUGUUCUUCUUGAUGUGCUACCUGUUCGUCAACCUAGCCUGUGCUCUCCAAACCCUGCUUCGUACUCCCAACUGGAGGCCCCGCUUCAAGUUCUACCACUGGGCUCUGUCAUUCCUGGGGAUGAGUCUGUGUCUCUCCUUGAUGUUCAUCUGUUCCUGGUACUACGCUCUGGUGGCCAUGUUAAUCGCUGGAUGCAUCUACAAGUACAUCGAAUACAGAGGGGCGGAGAAGGAGUGGGGCGACGGAAUCCGCGGCUUGUCCCUCAACGCGGCGCGCUACGCCCUCAUCCGACUGGAGGAGGCCCCGCCCCACACCAAGAACUGGAGGCCACAGCUGUUGGUGCUGCUCAAACUGGACUCGGAGCUGGGAGUUAAGCACCCUCGUCUGCUGUCCUUCACCACCCAGCUAAAGGCCGGUAAGGGCCUGACCAUUGUGGGCUCUGUGCUAGAGGGUACCUAUAUGACCAAAGAGUCCGAGGCCAAGAAAGCCGAGCAGAACGUUAAAGCCGCCAUGACCGCAGAGAGGACCAAGGGGUUCUGCCACGUGGUGGUGUCCUCGAACCUGCGCGACGGGUCGUCGCACCUCAUACAGUCCGCGGGGCUCGGGGGCAUGAAGCACAACACCGUCCUGAUGGCCUGGCCCUGCAGCUGGAAGCAGUCGGACGACUCCCUCACCUGGAGGAACUUCAUCGAGACCGUGAGGGAGACCACGGCAGCCCAUCAUGCGCUGCUUGUGGCCAAGAACAUCGACUCAUUCCCCACCAACCAGGAGCGGCUGAAAGAGGGCACCAUAGACGUGUGGUGGAUCGUGCACGACGGAGGCAUGCUGAUGCUGCUGCCCUUCCUGCUCCGCCAGCACAAGGUGUGGAGAAAGUGUAAGAUGCGCAUCUUCACCGUGGCUCAGCUGGACGACAACAGCAUCCAGAUGAAGAAGGACCUGCAGAUGUUCCUCUAUCACCUCCGGCUUGACGCUGAAGUGGAGGUGGUGGAAAUGCACGACAGCGACAUCUCUGCCUUUACCUAUGAGAAGACCCUGCUGAUGGAGCAGCGCUCUCAGAUGCUGAAGCAGAUGCAGCUGUCCAGAACAGAGCGGGAAAGAGAGAUUCAGAGCAUCACCGACGAGUCCCGCAGCUCCAUCAGGCGGAAGAACCAGCCCGGAGCCAACGCCGCGGGCAACAGCCAGCAGGGCGGCCCGCUGGACGACGGCAAGCUCGACGAGCCCCAGCUGAUCCAUGACAGGAACACGGCAUCUCACGCCGCCCUCAAUGACAAGGGAGACGCCGCCCCGGACCGGGUCCACAUGACCUGGACCAAGGAGAAGUUAUUCACAGAGAGGAACCGCAACCGGGAGGUGAACGUGGGCGUGCGCGACCUCUUCAACAUGAAGCCAGAGUGGGAGAGCCUGAACCAGUCCAACGUGCGGAGGAUGCACACUGCGGUCAAGCUGAAUGAGGCAGUGGUCAACAAGUCCCAGGGAGCCCACCUGGUCCUCCUCAACAUGCCGGGCCCUCCCAAAAACAGGGGCGGCGACGAGAACUACAUGGAGUUCCUGGAGGUUCUGAUGGAAGGCCUGAAUCGGGUCUUGCUGGUGCGUGGCGGCGGCAGAGAGGUCAUCACCAUCUACUCGUAACACCACUGUGCCGACGCAAAGGGGAGACCUGGGGGGGGAGUGCGAAGUGGAGUGGUAAUCUAGAACUGUGGCUGCUUUUCGGGACUGCGGGCGCCCAGCCAUGCAAGUGCCAGCCGGGGUCGGCCCCGGCAUGUCGAGAGUACAGCCGCCCAAGCGCACUCUGUCGUGCUGACUGGAGGAUAUAGCAUGCUGUCACUUUAAUUUCCAUGUGUACAUGUUUUCUGCUCCUUCUCUUCUUGUGUUAAUUUGUGGGGUUUUUUUUGUUUGUUUUUUUUCUUCUGUGUUCUGUUUUUGAAUCUUUUAAACAUCUGGCAUUGUUCAGUGGAAAUUCAGCAGAGGACACCAGCUCAAACAUGGACACGGCCUCUUUUCUGUUUUGUUUUUGGUUUUUGGUCAUACUUGGAGAUUGGUCAUGAAAUACAAUCAACAAGCUCUCUCCCAGAUUAGCUGCCUCGGUUCAAGAGGCUGAUGCGUACCCCUUCACCUUCCUCCGUUUGAUUCAUUUAAACUGGUGAAUGCUGCUGUUUUUCUAAUGUCUGUUUUAAAAAAAAGCUGUUAUAAGGGGAAGAAAAGGAAUGCAAGACAUUAUGUGUGUUUUCACUGAAUAGCCUACCUGUACAUAUUUUUUUAUGGAUGCUUGCACUGAAAUGAAAAUUUGGCCUGCAGACCACAUGUAAUUGUUCUGUUAUAGGUGCAAGGCAAAAAAAAGUGACUGUAAGGGCUGUCCUAAAGGAUAAACAGCUGCUGUGUAUUGAAGUUUUGUAUCUGCUGGAGGGACCCUCUGUUACAUAUUGUAGGACAAGGACAUGGCUGUCUUCCAGGGAAGAGGGUGCUCAUGUGGUUGGUUAUUCAUUUGAAUUUAAAUUUGUUAAUUUCUCCUACAACCAAAGAAUGAUGCAUUCAGCUGAUAAAAGGAACGCUCCCUUGUAAUCCUGCAGUAAAAGUUUAAAAACAGUUAUAUAGCAUUUAUGUCAAGAGAGGAGGUCAUUUUAGCCUUUACAACGAAGUGGCUGCUCAGAUCAUGCUCCUCCGUACAUAUCAGAGACAGGGGAAAACAACAGUGUACGAGUAUAUCAUGUUAAAGGGAUUCGUUAUUUGUGUCCAUGACUCCUUGUGUGUUGUCAUAGCGUGCAGGGUGACACCUUUGAGGUGGGGAUUGUUUAUUGAGGGAUGUGGUCAUGCAAUAUGCCUCCUGGCUGGAUCUCUCAAACAUGAGAGAGCUGUUAGCCCAAUACUGUGGUUACGGUUAACUAAAGGCACCACAGACAGACAUAACAGUAGGACAAUAGCCAUAGUAAAUGUUGAGCUCGAUUAAAUUUGAGCAACAUCAAGCUUUUUGAUCAGGGCAAAUUAGAUAUGGGUGUGAGGAUGGAAGAGAGAUCAGUACUUUUUUUACAGGAUGACAGUGGAUAUUCGUUUUUUCAUUUUCAAAUAAAGCCAGUAGCUGAAUAAAUCUUGGCAUUGUAUACACAUUUUUUGGCUGAAAGUUUUACCCUGCAGUUAUACAUUGGUUUGUAGUUUUUGCAAUACUACAACUUGCAGGACAUUUGAGGAGUAGUUACAUAGGACAGGUAAAACACUUGGGGCACAAAUAAAUUUUGGCUGUGUUGACUCCCCAGGCUCAAGGUGAAAAGCAGUCAUACUGGCUGUUGUUCAGGCUUGGCUGUGACUCACCUCAGAAGUAGGCCGUACUGCUCUGUACACCAGCGGUCUUAUCUUCUGAUAGGAGCAGCUCCUCUGUCUCUUAAGUUGCAGCACAAACAGUUGGAGUGGAUGUCAUUUCAGUUACGCCUAGACAUAACUGUGCACUGACAUUCAUGCUCUAAUUUAUAUUCUUUGAAACAUUUUAUGUAAUAUAAGACAACACUGUGUGUCUGCAAGUCAUGUCCAGUUGGUCAGGGCUGAAUCUAAGCUCCGACCCCCUUCUACAGUGAGUAUAAGGUACAGUAGUUCUACUGAACUGUAAGAUAUUAUGAUUGAGUUUAGAUUACCUACUGAUUGGAUCAUUAGCACCUUUGACUUGACUCAGUCCAUGAUACAGACACAUGAUGUAUGAGAGUGUGUAUUCUGUUAGGAGUUUUGUAAAAAGGAAUAUCCCGUAUCUUGUCAAGAAAGAAAACUUCACUCUUUUAAUUACAUGUUAUACGUAAUGUUCUUUUCAAGGCUGUAGGUUUUUAAACAUCUUCAUAAAUAGCUUGACCUUAUAUAGGAUGGAAUGUGCCAAAAAGAGUGAAAAGGAACUGUGAAGUUACAAGCUUGUCUGAAAUCAGCAGGCCCAUGAAAUUUACUGCUUUAUCUUUUCCAUUUUAUGGGGUCCAGCACAUACAUGUGAUUCAUGGAAAUCCAUGUACUUAAAACAGUGGCGGUAAUACACAUAGGAGGCAUAACUGAAAACCUUUUAUUCCAGUACAGACCUAUUUUUGACUGAAGCGCAUGUAAAUAUCCAUGUUAAGUUAAUAUUGCUAGUUGGCUAAAUGUUAAAUAAAGAAUUAUGAGGUGUCAGCCAUAUCAGCAGUGAGGAGAGUAUAGUUGCAUUUUAUUUUAAAGGGUCAGGUCUUUCUCAGACAUGUCGCAGGUGUAGAAACAUUAGACCAGGAUGGUCUGGUCCAUAAUCUGGCCACAUGUUUUAAACACCCUGUUUGUGGCAAAAAAGUGAAGAUCCUCAGAUACUUCAUGUUUUCAGAUUCUUUUAUCAUUUCUUAGCUUUGCAGUAUUUUGUAACCACAACAUUGUAUUUUUCUACAGUACCUUGAGAGGAAGGUGUGACUGUUCUUGUUUUAGUGUAGACAAAGAUGAUAGAUAUCCAUGUCAGCAUUUUGUGAUUAUCUCAAUGUUGUCUGUCGUUUGUGGUCAUAGUGUCUGUACUUCAAGAGUAAUAUUUUACUUGACUUUCUGUUACUCUUAAGUGUUACUUUUUGGGGAAUGGGGGUAAUGUGAUGUAAAGGGGGGAGUGUUACAUGUUAAGAGUUAUAUGCAGAUGUGUAGUUUUCUUAUCCCAUCAGGAGCGCAACAAGGGCAAGCUUUUGUUGUGUGCUGGUUCUCCUCUGACAAAGUCAUGACAGGAAGAACUCAGAGGACAGGUGUGCAAAGGGAAGAGGGGGAAAAAUGUUGCUGGAAUCAUUUUAAAUUCUUUGCAAUGUAUAUUUGAGGUUUUAGCCACCAAAGAUAUUUGGUGGGGUCUGUGACAUAAAAAUGAUAGUUCCAGAAGGAAAAAAUACAACUGGAGCUUAGUUAUUUGAACUAAAUAGCAGUAGAUAUGUGAAUAAAUACGUUUCUACUUUCCUGCAGUGCUCACUGAAAGUCUCGACUGUAUCUCACACUCAUUGUAAGAGACAAAAUGGCAUUAUCUACCUCAUGGUGGCAAGGAAUGAAGUUGAAUGGAGGUCAAGACCUGUACCAUCAGUCUGCUUUGUUUAUAAUCUUUUUUUUUAUGUACUGAUAGAGGAGCAAGGCUCCAUGGUUAAUCGAGCAUGCUGGUGUAUAUUGCUGACCUGUGGCUCCUCUUCUGGUAAACAGGUCUUGUAUCAUUUUGAUGUCUGUGGAGUGGGGAUGGAGCACAUUGAGUCCUUUUUUUUAAUCUGUAGGAUAUGCAUCUUCUGCUGUUUAGCUCAUGGACAGAUCUCACAUACUUUUAGGAUGUUACUUGUGGGUGCACGCGUAGCGGAG